AUGUCUCCUGUCGCUGAUAAAAAACAGUCUGCCACCGCUAGAGUGCUUGGAUCUGCCUCUGCUGGAAUUUGUGAAAUCGGUGUUUUCCACCCGGUUGAUACCAUUUCCAAGAGACUCAUGAGUAAUCAAACCAAGGUCAACAGCUUGGAAGUGUUCAAUAAGGUCAUUUUCAGAGAAAAUGCAACCAAACCAAUGGGCCAAAGACUUCUCAGCUUGUUCCCUGGUCUUGGAUACGCUGCUUGUUACAAGAUCUUGCAAAGAGUGUACAAGUACGGAGGUCAACCAUUCGCCAAUGAGUUCUUGACUUCCAACUUUAGAUCCACUUACGAGGACGCUUUCGGCUCCAAGACCGGUAAGGCCCUUCUUUCGGCUACUGCUGGUUCUUUGAUCGGUAUUGGUGAAAUUGUGCUGUUGCCAUUGGAUGUCUUGAAGAUCAAGAGACAAACAAACCCCGAGGCUUUCAAGGGUAGAGGUUUUGUCAAGAUCUUGCAAGACGAGGGAUUGGGAUUGUACAAAGGAUGGGGAUGGACUGCUGCUAGAAAUGCCCCUGGCUCCUUUGCUUUGUUCGGUGGUUCUGCCUUUGCUAAAGAGUACGUUUUCCACUUGCAAGACUACUCUUCUGCUACCUGGGGUCAAAACUUCGUUGCUUCCAUUUUUGGUGCCUCUGCCUCGUUGAUCGUGUCUGCUCCGUUGGACGUCAUUAAAACCAGAAUCCAGAACAAGAACUUUGAGUCUAACGAAUCUGGAUUCACAAUCUUGAAAAACAUGGCCAAGAACGAGGGUGUUACUUCUUUCUUCAAGGGUCUCACUCCUAAGUUAUUGACCACCGGUCCUAAGCUUGUGUUCUCUUUUGCCUUGGCCCAAACUUUGAUCCCAGCUUUUGACAAGAUGCUUAAUUAG